AUGUGGUUAGCUGACAAAUUUCUUAAGAUAACUCAUGAAAUUUCCUUCAGUAUAAGUGAUUAUUAUGAGGAUGUUAUAGUUCAAUCUGGAGGCAAUUUUAAUUGUUGGGACAGAUUGGAUAGUAAAAAAUAUUUGAAGGGUAGUAAUAUUUCUAUUAUGUCUAAAUUUUAUUAUGUAUUUAUGAAUAUAUGUAAUUCAAUGGUGAAAAAUGAUAUAUCCAAUUUUGAUAUAAACAAAUUUAAGACGUAUGAUUUUGAACAUUAUAAAUCCUAUAAUUUCAUUAACUCAGAGGCUUCUAAUUGUUAUGCAUAUAUUCAAUUGUUGACUGAUUUAAAAAAAAAAUAUGAUGAAUAUAGAAGGUUAGCUAUUAAGGAAAUUUCAAAAAAAAAAAAUAAUUACAAAUUUUUAACUUUUUCCCCAAUAAAUAAUAAUGAUAAUCACCCAGAAUUACAAUUUCAAAGUAAUGGGUGUAUAAAAUUGCAUUUAUUUUUUGGGCAACCUCGCCCAAAACCUAAACCAAAAAUCCAAACGAGUGAAUUAAAAUCCCCGCCAAAUGAUUCACAAAAUAAAAAGGAAAACCAGCCAUCAAAUAUUGGUAAAGAAUUAAAUUUUGAGAAAAUUAGAGAUUAUUCUUUACAGAUUUUCGACAAAUAUAGUCCACUAUUUAAUCACGCCGCUACUAGGAUUGAACAUCAUAUACGCGAUAUGGUAACAUCUAAUUUUAAUGAUAUGGUUGGUAUAGGUGCCAAAUAUCUAAAAGCUAUAGAAAAUGUAAAACUUCCAAAACUUCAGAUUCUAGGACCAAAUAAUAAAGAAAAAGUAAAUCCUCCAAAAUCACCACAAACUACUGGAGGAACCACAGUAAGUUCUAAUGGAAUAUCAUCAAAGGUAGUGGAUGUCCCAGGAAAUAAUUUAAUGGGAUUAAAUAGAAAUAUAACAAGAUUGGUGUCAUUUAAAUUUGAAGGAAAUAAAGUAGCUAUUAUAGCUCUCAUAGUUGUUUCAAUAACUAUUGUUUUAGCAAUUAUGUAUUGGUAUUUAUAUUAUGGAUGUGGAAAACCCAUGAAGAAGAAAAAAAUGGGAAACAAAAUUAUAAAUUUAGUUGAUGAAAAAGGAAGAGGAAAGAGAGUUAUAAGCCCAAUUGAUCGGAAAAGGGGGGUAAAAACAAAUAUAGAUUCAGAUUAUGGAGAAAAAACAAUAGUUAUUAUAAACCCAUAUGAUGAAAAGAAUAUAACAAUACAAAGCAUAAAACCUCCCUCUCUCGAAAUAACAUUAUUAAAUACAUACAAACAUAUAUAUGUUAAUCCUUCUCCUUUUAUUAACUUAUUUUUUUUGUUAAUUUUUUUUGUUUAUAAAAAAAAACGCAAUUCUUUAGAGUAA